AUGAAGCCGUUUGCUGUGGACGAUACAGUGGGCUCGUCGCUCCGGCGGAAACCAUUCUACUCUGUGAAGGUGUUUGCCUUCAUCUGCGGCCUGAUCGUGAUCCUGCUGAUGAUCCUGUGCCUGGCCUCGUCCAACUGGCUCAUAGCGCACAAGUUUCGCCAGGGUCUCUGGGAGCAGUGCGUGGAGGAGGACGCGCCGCUCCCGCUGCCCUUCGGCCUGAACGUCAAGCCCGGCUGCUAUGUGGCGCGCACCGUCGCCUACAUCCAGGCGGCGGCCGCCCUCUGCGUCAUCACGCUCCUCUGCGACAUCGCCGCCACCGUCAUGACCGGGUGCGGCCUGUGCAGCAAGAACCCCGUGCGCAAGUACCUCAUGUACAGGCUCGCCUUCUAUGUCAUGGUCUGCGCACACUCGGACUCGUGGCUCAACGCGAGUCUGAGUCGACUCAUCGAGGAGGAGCAACCGGCAGCUGUGGGAGUUCGGCUGGGCGUUUAUGGCGUGGGCUGGGGCGCGGCCAUCUUCCUGUUUGGCGCCAUCCUGCUCCUGCUGUGCGACAAGGAGACCGAGGAGAUCUACUACCGCGAGCGCGCGCUGCCGCACGAUGGGGCGGCGGACUCCAAGGCGUAG